CCCCAGGGCCGUGGCACCCCGGUUCGAGGUCGCCGGCCGGGGGGCGGAGACCGGGAGCGGGUGUGCGCGUGCCAGAGGCUGCAGCUGCGCCCCGGGGUCUCCCCUGGGAGCGACGCGGGGCGGGGCGGAGCGGGCCGGGCGGGGCCGGGCCGGGGAGCUGAGCAGUCCUCCGCCGGCGGCUGGGAGCGCGGGAAGGGGCGCAGCAUGCUUGCGGCUGUCGGGGCCCCCCUGCGCCUCGGUCUGGGGCGCAUCUUCCGUUGCGCCCCGGGAGCGCACGGAGAAGCCGCGUGGCGGGCCCUCGCGCCUCCGCGGCCUCGGGGUCUACCCCGCUACUGUAGCAGCCGUGCCCCCAGCGGCUCUGGGCCCCAAGGGAAGGUGCACCGGGUCCCCGCCGAGUACAAGCCUUCGCAAUUCGACAAGAAAAUCCUGCUGUGGACCGGACGUUUCAAAACGAUGGAGGACAUCCCGCCUCGGAUCCCAGCUAAACUAAUUUGGUAUAGCAGAUCAAAGCCAGAUGGAUGGGCCAGAAAUGAUAGAUGCUGCAAGAAACAAAGCUCGGGUGAAAGCUUGUUACAUAAUGAUUGGACUCACAAUUAUCGCCUGUUUUGCAGUGAUAGCAUCAGCCAAAAGGGCUGCAGAACGACACGAGUCCUUAACAAGUUGGAAUCUGGCAAAGAAAGCUAAGUGGCGUAAAGAAGCUGCAUUGGCUGAACAGGCUAAGGCUAAAUGAAACUCGAAGUAACAAAGUGUUAAUCAGAAUAUCAUUGCUAUUAUCAAAAACAAUAAAGAUAGAUAAAACAGAAUAUUUAAGAAGAUAAUUGCCAUGGUUUU